AUGGCACCCUCGGCUACCCAGGUCGAACCAACGCCCAUCGUGCAAUCUAAACUGGUUGUUCCGCGAUCCAAAGACGAUGCGAAGAAGGAAUUGACGCCAUUACAAGCCAUAUCGCAGGGCGUUUGCCUCCCCGGUAUCCCACUCUUCUCCUCGUAUGACAAGCAUCGCGCAUGGAUACUAUCACACAUGGCGGGCGCUUUCCGCGUCUUCGCAAGGAACAACCUGACCGAGGGCAUGUCGGGCCAUAUAAGUGUACGCGAUCCAGAGCAACCACAUACUUUCUGGACCAACCCGCUCGGAAAGCAUUUCGGUCUCCUCAAAGCAUCAGAUAUGGUCCUUGUUGACUAUGAUGGCAAAGUAGUAGGAGGAAAUCAGAGCAGGCCUGCAAACGCAGCAGGUUUCCUCAUACACUCGGCAAUACACAAGGCGAGGCCUGACGUCAACGCGGCGUGCCAUUGCCAUGGGAAGGCAGGCAAAGCGUGGAGUGCCUUUGCCAAGCCUUUGGAAAUGUUGAAUCAAGACGUAUGCUACUUCUACGGUGAUGCGCAAGCUGUCUACAAAGACUUUGGCGGUGUUGUCUUUAGUGAAGAAGAGGGCAAGAGACUGGCAGCCGCAUUGGGACCAAAGGGCAAAGGCAUGGUUCUAAGAAACCACGGCUUGCUGACUGUAGGAGGUACCGUCGACGAAGCCGCAUUCCUGUAUACCCUCAUGGAACGUUCUUGCGAUGUACAACUUAAGAUCGAGGCAGCAGCAGCCAAUGGCGUCCCGAAAGUAUACGUCGACGAUGACGCAGCUGCAUACACGUUCAAGAUGGCGAGCGACGCUGAGAGCCUGUACUGGGAGUUCCAGCCAGAUCUGGAAUACGAGUACGAAUUGAGCAAUGGCGCUUUCAAGCAUCCUGACUGCGACCAGGUAGUAUGGCCGGGUUACUGA